CUCCACACCCUUCGUUCCCCCAACUCUCUCUCUCUCUCUCUACUUCACUGAAACAGCCACAAACCCUAACCCAUCAAAACCUCUCUCACUCUCCCCAAAGCCAUGAGAUUUUCAAAACCCAGAGAUCAAAUCUGAUGUAUAUGGAAACCCAAUCUCUACUUUCCCUCAGUCCCUAAACUUUCCCUCUCUCCAAACACCAAAAAACCCCCCUACACAAUGUUCUCUUCCCCAUUCGUCCCCACCUUCGCUCUCCUCCUCUCUCUCCCUAUCCUCUUCCUCCUCGCCCACCACUUCCUCCUCCCUCCUCGCCAACUCCCCAUCCCUGUCCCCGACGAACUCGACGAUCUCUCUCUCUUCCAUCAAGCCAUCGCCCAAUCUGAACACACCCAAUCCCAAUCUCCGCCUCACCCUUCCUCCAAAUCCCGUCUUGGCUCCUCCAAUCUCCGCCCCAAAAUCGCCUUUCUCUUCCUCACCAACUCAGACCUCCAAUUCGCUCCCUUGUGGGAACGCUUCUUCAAAGGUUCUAAGCGAAACCUAUACAACAUCUACAUACACUGUGACCCCACCGUCAAGAUCAACCCACCCGGUGGAGUGUUCACCGAUCGAUUCAUCCCCUCCAAGAGGACCCAGAGGGGCUCCGCCACGCUCAUCUCCGCCGCGCGCCGCCUCCUCGCCAAUGCCCUCCUCGAUGACCCAGGUAACACAUUCUUUGCCCUGAUUUCGCAGCACUGCAUUCCACUACACUCGUUCAAGUUCGUCUAUCACACCCUCUUCGACCCAAAAUCCACCGAUUUGGAUCGGGCUUUCGAGUAUAGGAGCUAUAUUGAGAUACUCUCCGAAGAAUCGACUCUUUGGGAUCGAUACAAUGCGAGAGGGAAGAAUGUGAUGAUGCCUGAGGUACCCUUUGAGAAGUUCCGAGUUGGGUCUCAGUUCUUUGUGCUCACUCGCCGUCACGCGGUGUCGGUGAUCCGGGAUCGCCGGUUGUGGAGGAAAUUUAGGCUGCCUUGUAUAAAGAUUGAGUCUUGUUACCCGGAGGAGCAUUAUUUUCCGACUCUGUUGUCAAUGGAGGACCCAAAAGGGUGCACUCACUAUACCUUGACUCGGGUGAAUUGGACCGAUAGUGUCAAUGGCCACCCGCAUACUUACAGGCCACCGGAAGUGUCGCCUGAGCUGAUUUACAAGCUCAGGCUGUCAAAUUCCACUUAUUCCUACUUGUUUGCUAGGAAAUUCUCUCCGGAUUGCUUGAAUCCUUUGUUGGAAAUCGCGGAUACCGUCAUUUUCCGGGACUAAGUUCUGCUCCUGGUGAGGUGUAAUGCCAAAUUGAAAAUUUUUGAGGAACUAAAAUGGAAGGAUGUUGGAGUGUAACACAUGGGGGAUAAGGUCUUGAAGAGGCUCUCAAAUGCCCACAACCAAACAGCCCCAAGAGUCCAACUUAAGCAUGCAAAGAGAUUUCAACACCAAAUUAAAAAAGUUUGUUAGGGUGUAAUAUGGUGGUGUAACAAUAUUGAUAUGUUGGUGGUAGUUGAAGGGAUGGGGGUGUUUUGGUCAGUUUUAGUUUUUCUGUUCUGUAAAUAUAUGGUAAAUGGAUUGGAUGGGAUGUUCAUGUCACAUGUAAUGAACAUUGAUGGGGGCUUAGCCUGGAAGAAUAAGCAGCAGUGCCAAGACCCAUUUCUAUCACACUUGGAGAUUAGUUCUACUAUCUCUCCCUUGGAGGAGAAGUUUUAAUGGUAUCCAAAGCUCCUUUUAUUCAACCCUUCUCUUGGAUGGCUUUUUAGUCUUUUUACUUCUUUUCCUUGGUGUUGGAAUUUGUAUUAGUCUCAUUUUGAAUGCUUCUAUUUUGUACUUGGAAGUUUACUUCCCAACUAUGUUUAGUGACAUAAAGUUAAAUGUAAUUAUAAUAAAAGACGUUGCUAAAA